GGCCAUGACCUGUAACCCGAGCGGCUUUCUAACCCCUCUGCUGACAUCACCAAAUUAGUAUCCACCGGACCGGAAGGAGCUCAGCUUUGUGUAUCCCCCACGUUACAGGGCGAGGGAUUCCCUCUUUGUGGCUGCCCUGGAUAUUCUCAGGAGGAGGAGGAGAAUGGCCAACCAGCCCAUCAUCCUCAAUGUGUAUGAUAUGUACUGGAUUAAUGAAUAUACAUCAUCCCUUGGAAUAGGAGUUUUCCACUCUGGAAUUCAGGUAUAUGGAAGAGAGUUUGCUUAUGGAGGUCACCCCUAUCCAUUCUCUGGUGUGUUUGAAAUCUCUCCUGGAGAUUCCACCGAACUGGGAGACACUUUUAAAUUUAAAGAAGCGAUAGCCCUGGGGAGCACAGAUUUCACAGAAAAUGAUAUCGAAAAAAUAAUCGAGGAACUAGGAAAAGAAUACAAAGGAAACGCAUAUCAUCUGAUGCACAAAAACUGCAACCACUUCUCCUCAGCUUUAUCGGAGAUCCUGUGCGGGAAAGAGAUUCCUCGUUGGGUUAACCGACUAGCCUACUUCAGUACCUGUGUACCGUUUUUGCAAAGCUGCCUACCCAAGGAAUGGCUGACACCGGCUGCUUUGCAGUCUAGCAUAAGCCAGGAACUCCAAGACGAACUGGAGGAAGCUGAAGAUGCCGCUGCAUCAGCCUCCACCUCUACAACUGCAAUGCCCAGACCUGGGCGCCACACAAAACUAUAGGAGCAUACCUUUGGGGGACCUGUAAGGAGAGGAAUGAAUUUGCAUUGUUAAGAGCGAUCUCCAGCAACUGAUAUUCCAUCCAACAAUUGGGAUGUGAGAACACAACUUUUCCCUUCUCAGCUCAGGAUCCUAUUUGUAUUCGGCAAAAUACAUGUGAUGAAACACG